UGUUCUUCUGACUCUGUCUGUGGUGUCUCCAGUCAUGGAAUCAGACAUCACUUUAGGGUUUGAGCUCUGAUUCUCUCAGGAAUCAUCGGAUCUGAUGGGACAUUUAAGGAUGGUUUUCCCUGAUGUCUCAUAUUCACUGCUGUUGUUGGGAAUCUCGUGUCUGACUGGCUUCACUAAAACUUCACAGGACUUCUCAGGUUAUCUGUCACGUGUUCUGAGGAAUUACACUGAACAGGCGUGUGACGGAGAAUUCCUGACUGUUCGCUGCCCACCCAGAACCUCAAUCACCGUCCAAUCAGCUUUCUACAGCAUAACAGGCCCCGCCCACUCACCUCAGUGCCCAAACCCUUACAGCAGUGCUGGACCACGCUCAGUGCAUGACAUCACUUCCUGUCAUGUGUCCACAUCCUUGCAGAAGAUGCUGGAUGAAUGUGAGGACAGGCGGAGAUGUCAGGUUCUUGUCAACAGUCGUUUGUUUGGGACGGACCCCUGUCCCACCGUCAACAAAUACCUCAGUGUGCGGUACAAGUGCAGGCCGAGUGAGUAUAAGAGUAAAGUGGUGUGUGAAGGCGAGCGCUUGCGGUUGGGCUGUAAGACCGGGAUGCAAAUCGUGGUUUAUUCGGCCAUGUUUGGCCGCACACAGCAGGGAACACUGGAGUGUCCUCCACACCACCAGAGGGCACCAUCUGUCGACUGCUCAUCAGAUGUGGCUCUGCAGGUGAUGACAUCACGUUGCCAGGGGAAACGCUCCUGUGUGGUCCGCGCCUCGACACAAGAGUUCGGUGACCCCUGUUACCACGGCACCCGCAAAUACCUCAGCGUCAUACACACCUGCGGUGAGUUACACACCUCACACCUCAACACCUCCAGUCCCUUCAGUGACUACACUACACUGAGCAAUAGCUCGCUCUCUCUGUCACUCAAACCAGGUCUGAGCACUCAUAAUUAAAAACUAAAUAUAAACUUCUUAUCCACUGAUGCUUUUUAA